CCGAAUGAUACACAGAUCACGUGAUAUUUGGAAACGGUCUGUCAUGUCUUCCCAUAAUGCCUCGCAGCUCGAAUGUCAGCUGAUCUGCUCGAGGUUUCUGCUUGAAAGGAAGACAUCUACGCCGAGCAUAAGAAAAUGAAUCGCUCAUUUGUGUCGGUAUUUGUUUUUUUUGCCGCUUUCACGGCAGGCAUUUUUGGGGACCGUCUGACAGUGCUGAAGGCACCCCAGUAUGUCUCCUACCAUGAGGGACAGUGGCCGAUUUCUGGAGAAAAGAUCCCUGACCUGGUGGCUCUAACCAUGGGAUUCUCUGUGCAGGAUGAGCUGGGCUGGCCAGCUAUGCAGAUGGGCUCCCUGUUCCAGAGGCCCAAGGCCAAUGUCCUGCUGGUGGUGCGAGGAGUGGAUAACCUGGACCUUCCCCACAACGUAGCGUCCUACCCCUUGGAAAAUCCUGUGCCCUUCACCUUGGACAGCGUAGCAAACACCAUGCAUGCACUCUUUCCAGACGACACCCCUGUUGUGCUGCAGCUAGCUCCCAGUGAGGAGAGGCUGUACAUGGUGGGCAAAGCCAACACGGUGUUUGAGGACCUUCCUGUCACUUUGCAGCAAAUUCGGGGACGCCUCUCCCAGGAUGGUUCUGUGCUCCCCUCCCUGCCCCUCAGCUCCCUCAGCAGGAACAAUGAGGCUGACCUACUCUUCCUGUCGGAGGUGCAGGUGCUGCAUGACAUCGCUGCCCUGCUGCUGAGGCACAAACACCUUGCGAAGGACCACUCCCCAGACCUUUUCUCCCUGGAGCUAGCAGGGCUGGAGGAGAUUAGCCGCCGCUAUGGCACAGACUCCCCUCAGUUCACCGAUGCCGUCAAAAUCCUGGCCAGCGUGCUGCAGAAGUUUGCGGAUGAUGUCUCCAGUAUUUACGGGGGUAACGCGCUGAUAGAGGUGGUGACAGUGAAGACCUUCGAGGCACCCCUCACCAGGAAGUCCCGUUCCAUCCUGGAGUCCAAGGAAGUCAACCCACGGAACCAGUACAACCUGGCAUACCAGUACAACUUUGAGUAUGCGGUGAUCUUCAACAUCGUGCUGUGGCUGAUGAUCGCACUGGCCCUGGCUGUCAUCGCCAUCGCCUACAACCUGUGGAACAUGGACCCUGGCUAUGACAGCAUCAUCUACAGGAUGACCAAUCAGAAGAUCCGCCUGGACUGAAGGCUCCUGCCCCAUUCUAUUGUUUAAACCCAGCAGCCUGCAUUCAGUCUCUUUUUCAGACUUUUAGUAACUUCACUUUAUAGGCCCAUUUAUUGUACAGAAAUUAUAGAUUAAAUAUGGCUUGGUUUGGCAUUGUCGGUUGUCGUUUCAGUUUCUUGUCUAGUCAGAGUAUGUGGCUUUCAUUGGGGUCCCAGCUGGAAAAAUGGAAGCUGCCUCUGACUGCAAUAUAGGAUAUGAUCUUAAUACGUUUUCUCUAUAUUAAUGUGUCCUCAAUCAUAUUAUUUAACUGUGGCAUAUUGAUUAUGAAGUUUGUGUAUGGUAAAUCAACAAGUUUAAAUGACGACAGCUGUUUCAGAAAGAGAAUGCUGUUGUAAAGUAUGUGUGUUUGUGUCUAGGUAAGUGUAAAUAUUUCUGUCGCCAUGGAUACAGAAUUAAGCAGUUGUUGUGCAGAAAAAUACUGUUGCUUGACUUAUUUCAUAAUUACAUUUUGUGAAAAGUUGUCUUAACCUCAGUCACACUGCAUUCCUGGGAUUAUUGUCCAUUCCUUUUGAGGCAUCUCAUUCCUGGUUUCAAUGCCAUGGGAGAUCUACAUAGAGCCAAAGCGCUUUCAACAUGGCUGCGCUCUGUUGGGCCAGGAAGCAGAAUCAUCCAUUGUGUUUGUUCCAUUGAGGUGUUAACUAGAUGGAUGAAGACAAAAUUGUAUACAUCUGUAAUUAUUCAAAUUAUUGUAUAUUUUGACACCUAAGUGACUGUGAUGUCAGAUAAAUUAUUGUAUUAAUGACAGUACUGUAUUUAAUGUUAGCACAUGGAAGGAACUAAUACUGUCAUAGCAAAAUCAAAAGGAAAAAUAUAAGGUAAAAAUAGACCAUAGCAAUGUCUCUGGCUUUACUUUACACUCAAUACCUGGUCUUUGCAUAAAGCUGAACUGAGUGGUCUGCAAAAGGGAGUGAUGGCAAUUUACACAUGAUGUGAAAUGUAGUUCCUCACAUGAGUUACCCCAUGGUGUGGGCUUGAAAUGCUGUUAAUGUUAAAGAUGUAAAUGUUUGUGUUUAAAAAUGCAAGUGUUAAUUUAAUUAAAAUACCUGUGUGAGAAAUUA